UACGUACUUGCUGUUGCGUGAGUGUGUCGAUCGUCGAGCCGUGCUCGUAUUCUUUUCCGUAUUUCAGCGAAUUUACGCCGCGUAAUUGAUCAAAAUAUACGACAUUCGCGAGUCUGAACGCUUAAGAGUUCGCGACGUGCAAGAAUGAGUAACCCACGAACGCGAUUGCGUUGAAAUUCGUCGGAUGAAAAAUAUCACGCAAUCGCAACAACCGAGAUUCCUGGAAGUGUACGUAAGACGCCCUCUGGCCGUUCGUCUUCGUCGUUUGAUCUCUCGCAAAGUUAAUCUUGCUUACUAUAUUCAAGGUUAAGUCGCGCCGUUGGUAGUUUUUCAAUUAGUCAUCGUUGGUAACCUUGCAGAGGCGGCCAUAUUUACGUAUUUACUGUUGCACGAGUGUGUCGAGUUCGUAUUCUUUUCCGUAUUUCAACGAAUUAACGCCGCGUAAUUGAUCAGAAUAUACGCAUUCGCGAGUCUGAACGCUUAAGAGUACGCAAUGUGUAUCAUAUUCAAGGUUAAGUUGCUACACGAUUGUCUCACCGUGUCAUCGCGUACCGGUGUUUACUUCGUCGUACGAAACUUCGCGUUUGAGAGUCAAAAAUCACGUAACAAUCGUCGCGUAGUACCGUUAUUUACUUUGGCAUGUAGAGCUUCGCGUUCGGGAGUGAUAAAACAUAAAACAGUCGUGCGAGCAGUUGCGUUGUGUAGUAGCUGAUGUUAUGUUUUCGUUGUCGUCUCAGUCGUUUUCGCACGCGUGUGUAUGUGUGUGUGUGUGAUAUGUGAACAAAUUUGGACAUGGAUUCGAAGCAAAGAUCGAGGAUGCAUGCGGCGGCAGCCGAGAUUAGACACUGAUUUUGCUGAGACGUUGGAUGCUGCGCGUAUAUGUCGGGUUACAACUGCGAAUGGCUUGCGAUUUUCUGGGCAUCAGCAAGGAGUGCGACUACUUCGGGCUGAAAUACCAGAAUGCGAAAGGCGAGGAGCUCUGGUUAAACUUGAGGAACCCUAUAGAGCGGCAGACCGGCGGCGGCGUGGCGCCUCUAAGAUUCGCCCUGAGGGUUAAGUUUUGGGUACCGCCUCACCUGUUGCUGCAGGAGGCCACCAGGCAUCAGUUCUACUUGCACUCCCGCCUUGAGCUGGUGGAGAGUAGAUUAAAGGUCUCGGAUUGGGGCUCCGUGGCCCGUCUGGUAGCACUGAUAGCGCAGGCCGAUGGCGGUGAUUAUGAUGCGCUAUCUCCGCCCCAUGCACUCUACUCACAAUGCUGUCAUAUACAGCCCGCGGAGCCGUGCGAGCCGAAACCGCAAGACUUUCUACUCCGGAUAAUUCAGCAGCACAAAGAAAUUAAGGGAAUGAAAACUUCAACCGCUGAAUAUUGGCUAUUGAAAGAAAUAUCCAAUCUUGACACAUUUGGCCAGGAAAUGUUUCAUAGUAAAUUUGGAUAUAACGGAGUGUCUAUGAUCGGCGUUGGUCCACAUGGGAUUACGGUCUACCGCAAUCAGGACGAAGAGAUACAAAACAUACCGUAUACAGCUAUACAAAGCGCUACGUCACAACGACGGAUGUUCCACUUGGUUUAUCUUUCACUCGACGGCGAGGAGACGUCGUUGGACUUUAAGUUAGAUUCGAGCCAAUCUGCCAGCGGACUUUAUAGAGCGAUCACCGAGAAACAUGCAUUUUACAGCUGCGAGACGGUUAGAAGCGCAGUCACUGCGCAGUUUAUCCGCGAUUUGAAGGGGACAAUAAUUUCCAUCUUCAAUGAAGACUCAACCCUGGGCAAGAAAUAUGUGUUUGACAUACGCAGGACCUGCCGGGAGGUCUAUGACAAUGCGCGGCGUGCGCUUUAUUGCGAGGCGUCGACCAUAGCUCUGCCAGACGAGAAUGAAAUUCUCGAGAGGCACGCGUGCGGGGAGUGCGAGAAUCCUAAAUGCAAGGAAUCCCGGGAAUGUCUGGCGAGAUUGCUGGACGCGAUGCUCUGUCGGAUCUGCAUGGAUCGAAGCCUGGACACCGCCUUGUUUCCCUGUGGACACGCUGUGGCCUGUUUGGAUUGUGCUCGUCGUUGCGAACGUUGCCCAUUGUGCCGGGCCGACAUCGACUAUUGCCGGACGAUAUACCUCCCGAUCGAGCUGACGCACAUCGACAAGCACAAUCCCAAGCUGCUGUCGGAGACGAUUGAGCCUGUAUUUAGCAAGCCGCUGACGGAGGAAAUAAAGGAGCGGAUUUUGGACAGCGAAACGUCGGUGAACAGUAACAUUUGAGAGCGCCGAGUCAAACGCCGGGUUGGCGCGUUCGAAAGGUUUUUCAGAAUUGUUACUUGCCGUGCGGAAAGGGCGUACUAAAGAUAUGAGAGUAAAGCACUUUUCUAUUUACCCAUCGAGUGACAAAUGUCUUUCAACGUUCGUGGGCUUCAUCACGCGACGAUAUCGUUGAAUCCGAUUGUCGAAAUCUUUAUUUCGCGCCGGCUUCAAUGACAUGCAAUUGUGUAUUUUUUUUUAUUUGUUUAUAUAUAUUUUUGUUAUUUUACAUUAUUUUAGUUUUUUCACUUCAAUUUU